GUCAAAGUCACGAAUGUAGUGAUUAUUGAGGUUAUGUUUAUUUUUGCUUAUUUUUGAAUUAUUAAAUAGUGGGCUUUAGGUUUAAAUUCUUAAUUAAGAUGAAUCUUAUAAGGAGAGGGUUUUCUUUGCUUUCUUCCACAAUAAAAACACAAUGUUUUACACCUCAAGCGUUACCCAGCAUGCCCACCGCACCCAGUGUACCCAGUGCAGCGCCGUCAGGGUUCGGUCUGGUGUCCCGCGCGAUGGCGAGCCUGGCCCAGAUGCACAGGACCGGCCCACACAAGAAGUUCCGCAAGUCCAGAAACCCACUCAACGGGAAUCCGUUUGCUAAGGGUGUAGUCCUGAAGACGGUGAUCAAGAAGCCGAAGAAGCCGAACUCGGCGAACCGCAAGUGCGUGCUGGUGCGGCUGUCGAACGGCAAGGAGAUGAUCGCCUACAUCCCCGGCAUCGGACACAACCUGCAGGAGCACAAUAUCGUGCUGGUCAGGGUUGGCAGACUAAAAGACUGUCCGGGAGUGAAGCUAAAGUGUGUUCGGGGGAAAUACGACCUGCCGCAUGUCAUCAAACAGAAGCAGUAGUGUGAAUAGUUGUAUAGUUUAGUAAAUAGUUGUAAUUGUUA